CUUUUCUUUUUUAAAAUGCUAACUCCAACGCUAGUCAAUUGUGCUCUAGUGGUUGAACAACAAGGGUCACUGCCCGCGUUUGGGGAUUACUUUGAAAUAAAAUCGAGUGGAAAAAUCAGCGGAGGGCUCGCUUCGACGCUUGCUAGCUGAUGCUAUUUGAUAGCAACGAGCUCUGCUUGUUUUGUUAGCUUGCCGGAGACAAACGUUGCCGUCGUCGGUAAAGUUCGGAUGUCAUCGCGCUUCCCACUUUGUGCGUGCGCUGAUAAGAUUUAAGAGUACGACGGGGAGGAGGAGGACAUGAGGGUGACCACGGCAUGUCCGCUAGCAUGACGGCUAGCUUCUUAGCCCUAUGCUAACGAAGCCGACACAUGGCGCCGGGCGGCCGGGUCGGCAGCCUUGCGUUACCUCGGUGUUGCCUGGCGCUCAGGGAGCAAACGUGCCGCAGAGGCGCCGUCCGUCCCCCACGAUGACCCCAAACUAGUUAAACAUUUAAUCAUGACUGGUGGUGUGCGCUUAUGGACCUCAUACAAUUAAUUUGUCCACACAAGCGGCAGCGACAUUAGAUGGAACGCUUCUUGAUAUCUGCAGUUUAAAAUGUGAGUAGAGCAGCAAGUGGUCAGUCCGUCUAACUCAUGGUUCUGGGGCUCGAAUCUGGGUUCACCUUCCUCCCCCUCCCAAGUCCUAAAACAUGUUUGUUCAUUGAAGGCCAAAUUGUGCAGUUGGCAAUGCUUGCGGGUCUGCACGCAUAUUGACAUAUUCCGGCGACCAGUGUUUUGCCCUCCAUUUGACUGGCGACCGCUCCAUUGUUUGUCUACAUGUGCCUUGACAUGAAGUGGUGACCAGUCUGGGAUGUCAGCUGGUACGGGGUCAACAAGCAAAGCAAGAGGAUGAAUUGGCAAGUGGUGUUGCUUGUUUUGGAAGUGUGAAGACCAACUUUGAGGGUCCUGCCUUUGUACAGAUGGUGCUCCUGAGCACCGUGUAGUCAGUGGUCCACAUGUUGGAGGAGCAGCACCGGGGCCACCCCGGCAGCGGGCAGGAGGAGGACGACGACGCCAAGGCACCCGAUGCCCACACCGAGCCCAGCAUGUUGCUGCAGAAGCUCAAGACAAACAUCUCAAAGAGUGUUCAGGCCAAAGUGGACCAGAUCCUGCAAGAUGUUCAACGCUUCUCCGACAACGACAAGCUGUACCUGUACCUCCAGCUGCCCUCGGGCCUGGCCGCUGGCGACAAGAGCGUCGGCGGUGACAGUCCGUUCAACACGUCCGAACAGGUGCACACCUGCAAUUGGAUCCGCAGCCACCUGGAGGAGCACUCGGACACGUGUCUGCCCAAGCAGGAUGUCUACGAAACCUACAGGCGCUACUGCGAGAACCUGCAGCAUCGGCCACUGAGCGCCGCCAACUUUGGCAAAAUCAUCCGCGAUAUUUUCCCCAACAUUAAAGCUCGACGGCUGGGAGGCCGAGGCCAGUCCAAGUACUGCUACAGCGGAAUCAGGAGGAAGACCGUGCUCAACAUGCCGCUGCUGCCCAGCCUCGACCUCAAGAACGACCCGGCAGAGUUGACGGAGUUGGUGCAGACGUACAAGCAGGAAGUGACGGAGGCAGCGUGCGAGUUGAUCUGCGAUUGGGCGCAGAAGAUCCUCAAGCGUUCCUUUGACACAGUGGUGGAGAUUGCGCGCUACCUCAUCCAAGAGCACAUUGUCAAUCCCAGAUGCCGCCAAGCCGAGCUGGUGGCGUCGGCAGCGCUGGCUGGAGGUCCCGCCAAGCCUCACAAGGUCAUCAAGAAAACACCCCCUGUGUCCAAAUGCGAGGGCGACGCCCCCGCCGACCUCAGGGACUGUGGAGACUCAGCCCCCUCAUCUGCCUCGAAGCCACCAGGCGCCGACAAGGCGGCGCCCUUGGCCAAACCUCUGUCGCUGGAGGCCCCGCCCUCUCCAGCCGUCUCAUCUCUUCGGCCUGCGGUGGAGGCGUACAUGAAGCAGCUCCCCCGAAUCCUGCCUCGCAGCUUUCUCCCCGACAAGACGCCGCUGUCGGUACGGUCCUCGCCACCCUCGUUGGCGCCCAAAGAUGCGGGCGGAGCCUCUGGAACGGGCAGCCCGGCAGCAAGCAGUGGGGGCGUGAAGGUGAUCGCCAUGGCGACGCUGCCCCAGCAGCAGGGUGGCCCGCUGCCCCUCAUGAUCGUCCCCCAGGGCUGUUUGUCCUAUGAGCGGGAAAAAGCGCCUGCGUCGGUGCUGCAGAAAGCGCGGGAGGGCGCAGUUAAGCGCCCCCACGAGGCCACAGAGGGCGCUUCGACGGUUGCUUUGGCGGGCCCUCCAGUCAAACGCAAACGCGGGAGACCGAGGAAACCUCGCCCAGAGGACGCUUUGCCCCAGCCUACCACUCAGCCACCGCUGCCAUCGGCAACGCCCCAUGGCCCCGUCAUCACCUCGGUGACAGGCGGCGUCAUCCAAAAGGCGUCGUCAUCUGUGUCCACCUCGCAGUCGGUGCUGGAGCUAGUGAUACGAGAGCCGCCGGGUCUCCUUCUGAGCGCGCUGCCCGCGCCCCCCACUGCCACCCGGCUGGCCCCACUGGGCGGCAGCGGCCCACCUGAGCCGGACCACCAUGCCCGGCCGCUGCUGCUUUUCCAGAGCGCGGGGAACGCCGGAUGGGAGCUGGCAGCAUCCGGUCGCACGCCGAUGGUGGAGGUCAUCCAGAAGGCGCCCCGACCCAACAGCAACAAUACCGGCACCAGCGGCAGCACUAGCAGCUGCAUCUGGCCUUCGCCUGAGCCUCCUCGAAUGCUACGCGAGUGCGGCCAAGUGGAACCCGUGCUGGUGGAAGUCGACCCGUUGUCGUCCUCGUCGUCUCCUCCUUCUGUAGCCAGAAAAGGGGAGGAGCCGACUCACAGCCCCUAGACGCUGCCUCUCUUUUGACCUCGCGGCCCCGCCCCCUCAUCCUUCUCGCAGGCAGAAAUCCCAGUUUGGCCACGUGCUUGACCGAUGGCGGGGAUGAAUGAAGCCUCGACCUCGAGCCGAGAUGCUGUUGCACUCAACUCGCACUGUGGCUCCUCCGUCCAUCCGUAGGACACCCCCCCUCGGCGGAGCCCAAAUAUGAAGUAGUAUUCCGGAGGAAGGGACAGGAAGAUGACUUACUACGGGUCAGAACCUGCUCCUGGUUCUUUGCGCUGACCUCCACACUUUUGUGUGCUGCUUUGUUCUUUUGCUGCCAUAACUGUUCUUCCACGCAUGAGUGUGUACAUACAUGUGUGUCCAUGUGUGUCCAUGUGUGGGUUGUAUGUGUGCGCACGCUCAUCUCAAUGCUCUUGUCUUCGCCCAGAACGAUGAGCACAAUGGUGGGCAAAAUGCUCACAUGCAGUUGUUUGCGUGUUAGCGCACAAAUUUGUUUGCACUAACACCACAUCAUUUAUGUGAUGUCAUGUGAUGAUGAAUAUUGAGUGUUGAGAAUGAAUUUUGGGGAAAACCGUCUACAAAGCAACGGUGGGGAGAUAUGACGUGAUGUGGAAAUUCUUCAUUUAUGUAGGAAGGCGAGCUCGACUUGAGAAGUCGGUGGAGAAAUCCAUGACAUGAAAAUCGGUAAUCGGGUAGUUUGCGGAUCGAUUGUGCACCCGCGCCAUCUUGCACUUUUACACAGAAAGUAGGGGGCAGAGGCAAGGAGUGACGUCAAGUUCAAGACGUCAGUUUUAGGCUGUUACGGCGAGGGUUGUGUGCGCUCCCUUGCCCUCGGGCAUUGUGGAUAAUAUAGUUUGUUUGUCUGUUGCUAUGACAACGUGUCCCGCUCGGUUUUCCUGUGAGUUUUUUUUGUCUUUGUUUGUGUUGAGUAUUUGUGUUGUUUCGCGUUUGCACUUUAUACUUGUUCUUGUGUCUUGGCAUGAAACCGACCAAGUCGGUCCAAUUGUAAAAAAAAAAAAAACUCAACAAGAUGCCAAUCAUGAGUGAAACGCA